ACGUAAAAAGUGAUUCGCUUUUUGAGGUUAGAAAAUUCUUUUGCUAAAAUAGGAAUUGAGUUAAUAUAACGAACGUAUACUUUAUAUUAUACAAAUAAUAGUUUAUUUAAUGUAAUUUGUUAUAAAUGUACAAUUUCUCAGACACAAAGAGUUUACUUUAUAAUAUUUUGACAGGAACCUUCAUAUACAUAUGUACGACAGAAAUUGACAAAGUCACAUGAUAAAGAUUUAUUGAUUUCAUCUGUGAAUAGAAAACAAAAUGUCAAAGUACGAGAAAAAGAAAGAUAAUAAAAAUGAAAAUAAAAUACAUAAAAAAAAGAGAAAACAUUCUUCACCAUCAAACAUGGGAAAUAAUGACAGCGACGAGUUCGAGUGGGUGGAAAAAGUUGAAAACCAAACUUCUUCGUCACACACUGAAGGGAAAGUUCUUAAUAGUAAAACACAAGAAGAAUCGUUGGAAAGAAGCGAGUGGAUGAAUGUAGAAAGUUUUCUUCCAUGUUCUUCAAGCAUGAGUAAACAAAAGCGUGAUAUAAGAGAAGCAGGAAAAGCCAAGGAGCUGGAUAAACCAGGACAAAGUAAUAGAGAAUUGAAUCCCUAUUGGAAAGAUGGAGGUGAUGGAUUACCACGAAAUGAUAUGGAAAAGCAUAAUAGCUCACAAAUUAUGGAUGCAAAUUGGUUGAGAAAGAGUCUUAGGCGUGCUGAGGAACAAGCUCUUAGAGAUAACAAAAGUUUAGAGGAAGUGGCUGCAGAACGCUGGGGUUCCUUAGAAACUAUACAAUCAAUGAUAGCCAAAGCAGAAAAAAUGUCAAGUGCUGAAACGGAUAAAUCAAAUUAUAAAAGAUAUUAUAAUGAUAAAAAUAACCAAGAUUUACAUAGAAAUUCCGAUUCAGAAAUAAAAAACUAUUUGCCUAAAUCAAGCUCAAGUUCUAGAACUAGAUCUCAUGAAAAUGAAAGAUAUAAGACAUCUAACUACCGAUCACGAUAUGUAGAACAGCAACAAACUUAUCAGAAACCGAAAGACGAUAAUAACGACGACUUUUUUAAUCAAACUACUGCACAUAAGUUUAGUAGUAAUCGCAUUAAGAAUUGGAAAAAAGAUAAAACUCGUGAAAAAAAGUGCGAAACUAUAUCUGAGCUGGAUAAACCUAGUGAAAAAACAGACGUGGCUAAUCCGAGUAAGACAAAUGAAGAGGAAAAAAAUGAAAGCAUUUUAACAGAAGCAGAGAUGAACAAAUUAGGAGCAAGAAUUAUUAAGGCUGAAUUAAUGGGUGAUGACGAAUUAGCAGCUGAACUUAAAGACCAAUUAGAACAAGCAAGGAAGGUAGCAAGUAAUACGAACGUACAAGACAAAAGUGUAACUCGUAGAAAUCUUGAUGCAGAAGAUAUCGCAAGACCAAUUCAACUCGGAAGUCAAUCCAAGCACACACAAUUCUCAAAAGGUUACAGAAACAAAGUACCUGCAGAGACACAUGUCUCCAGUGAAAGAGUAGCCCAGUUUGUAAAUAAUGAUAAAUAUUCUUUACAAAAAAUGUUUCAACAUGAAAAAGGGAUGUCCGCAAAUGAAGCUAAACUUGCAUCUACGAGUACGAAUGAAAUGGAUGAUAUAGAUGAUGAUGUAUCUGACCAACAAAAUGCACUGAAGAAAGCAAAACGAUUUAAGGAGGAUUGCACAUAUGCAAGUAAAAAACAUCAAGAUUUAUCCAAAUACAUUGAUAAUUGUUGGUGGUGUUUGGAUUCGAAGAAUAUAUUGAAGCACAUGAUCGUUACGAUGGAUUCCAUGAUUUGCUUAAGUCUGCCUGCUCAUACCUCCUUAACUACUCAUCAUUGUAUAUUGACACCCACGCAGCACGUAGCUUGUCAAUUGCAAUUGGAUGAAGAUGUAUGGGAAAGAUUGAAGGAAUUCAAAACCAGAUUGAAAGAGAUGUUUACAAAUGAAAAUCUUUAUCCGAUAUUUUUUGAAGUGUAUAAAAAACGUCAGAAAUAUUCACAUAUGCAAUCACAAUGUAUUCCGUUACCAAAAGAAAUUGGAGAAUUAGCACCAAUAUAUUUUAAAAAAGCUUUAUCGGAAUGUGAAAUGGAAUGGUCUGUUAAUAAAAAAAUUGUUGAUCUAAAACAUAAAAAUAUACGUCAUGCUGUACCGAAUGGUUUAUCGUACUUUAUAGUAGAAUUUGCGUCACAUCCUGGUUAUGCUCAUGUAAUUGAAGAUGAGGAAACAUUUCCGAAAAAUUUUGCCGAGGAAAUAAUCGGUGGAAUGUUAGACUUGAAUUGUAACUUAUGGCGAAAACCAAAAAGGCAAAGUUUUGAUGAGCAAAGAUUGAAGGUAUUAGAAUUUACAGAGCUAUGGACGAAAUACAAUCCUCUUUGCAGCUGAAAGAUUUAUAGUAAUUUUGAUCGAAAAAGUGAUGUGUGUAAAUUUAUUAAAUUUAUAUUACAAAUAUAAAUUAUGUUACAUUUAUCACAUGUACUCGAGAAUAAAACAGUUAGUUCAUUAUU